AUGGCUGAAGUGACAGAAAUAGGUUUCAGAACAGGAACAGAAAUAGGAAUGAAGACCAUCAAGAUUCAAGAGAAUGUUGAAAAUCAAUAUAAAGAAGCUAAGAAUCACAAUAAAAAGACACAGAAGCGGACAGACAAGAUAGUCAGCCUGAGCGGGCUCCCUCUGCUGGCGGGGAGGUGUGGAGGGAGAGGCGCGGGCCGGAACCUGGGCUGCCUGCGGUGCUCGCAGGUCCAGCGCGACUUCCGGGUGGGCGCGGGCUCAGCGCGACUUCCGGGUGGGCGCGGGCUCGGCGCGCCCCGCACUCUGAGCGGUCGGCUGGCGCCGCCGGCCGUGGGCAGUGAGAGGCUUAGCACCCGGGCCAGCAGCUGCGGAGGGUGCACUGGGUCCUCCAACAGUGAUGGCCCGCCGGCGCCGCGCUCGAAUUUUCGCUGGGCCUCAGCCACCUCCCCGCGGGGCAAGGGGGCAGGGCUCGGGACCUGCAGCCUGCCAUGCUGGAGCCCUCACCCUGCUCCCCGCCCCCGUCCCCUGCCCCCCGCCCCCGUCCCCUGCCCCCCGCCCCCCAACCGCAGGCUCCCGCGCGCCACCCCGAGGGGACGGGCGCCACCUCCUGCUACGCGGCACCCGGUCCCGUCAACCGCCCAACGGCUGAGGAGUGCGGCAGCGCGCCAGAGACUGGCGGGCAGCUCCGCCCGCGGCCGGGAUGCACUAGGCAAAGCCAGCUGGGCUCCUGAGUCCGGUGGGUACUUGGAGAACUUACUACGUCUAGCUGGAGGAUUGUAAAUGCACCAAUCAGCAUGCUGUGUCUAGCUCAAGAUUUUCUCCAUCCCCUUAUUUUGGGCCAGUGGCUGUCAUUACAUAUGAGAUGAGUCUCUUGAAGACUACAGAUGAGAGCAGUCAUGAUGGCCUGCACUCCACACAAUGCAACAGAG